AUACUCAUAAAGUCUACGGAUCUCAAAUGGUGUAUGGCGUACGAGUACUUAGUAGUUGAACCUGUCAUCUGCCCAUCUAUCAACCUAUCACCCCAUCCACCAUCUACGCCAACCCCUGGCCUCUACGGUCCAAAGGUCCUUUGCUCCUCGCUCGUCGCCCCUCGCCCGACGGCGCCCAGGACGCCAACGUGCGCCGCCCCACCCGACCCGACCCACAUUCGCUAGUCCCACCUCGCACCCACACCACCGAAAGAAGAGGAAAUAAAAUUUGGCAACCUUCAUAGGACUGCCUAAGUCCCC